AUGGAUGCCGUGGCCACUCAGACCGUGACACACCACAUGCCGGAUGACAAGGGGAACGGCUCCCUCAUGCUGUGGUCGCGACCCCGCGCCAACAAGAUGGAUCUGUUGCCCGGUCACGUGCAACUACCUAGCGGUGCCUAUCUGUCCGAAAGCGGUGAUCUGGACCCCAAUCUUCCCCGCUUGCGCCUUGCUGAGGUUGAGCAGGACAUGACCCACGCUCUGGAAGGUCUGGUCCAGCAAGGCUUUCAGGAUGCUGAUUGGAUUGACGCCUUUGUGCAAGAAAACCGACCUUCUGCCCCCACACGUGGCGGCCUUUCCCUGGCGCACGAAAUGCUGUCGCAAAUCUUGGCCUCGGAUGAACCCAUCGACCUCAUGGGCACCAGCGGCGCUUUGCGCAAGCUCCUCACCAUGCCCCUAUCCGAUCGCUUUGCCAGCGUGCUGGUCCAUCGCAUUGGCAAUACGCUCCUUAUUGACGAUGCCGCCCCCCUACUUGAAAACAAUCACUCAUCGGCAGAUAUCGGUUCAACUAGCCCCGACCCUGCCUCGAGCUCUCAAACAGAUUCCACUCCACCCAAGCCCGGCAAUGCCUCUUCAUCAGCAGCUCAGGGCUUUGCACAACUGCUGCGCCGCUUGCUCACGCAGCAGUCACAUGCACCGCCCAAAGCUGGCUCUGGUCCCCAGGCCCUCACACAUGAGCCCCAACCCAACCUCAACACUUGCAGUGAUGAGGCACUGCGCCAUUUCUUUGAGCGACUCCUGCAUGCCUCUGCUCAAUUACUGGAUUCACGGAGCCCCCCAAAUUCGCGCCCAGCCCUGCCGCCCUCAUAUGCACAAGCGGUGACCAAGGGCCCAGCCAACUCCACCGGCGAAUUGUUGCAUGCAGCCCAAAUUCUUGGGGCCUUUGACCCAGCCGCAGCUCGAGAUGCCUUUGUGUGGCAGCACCGCAGUCAGCGUUGGACUUUUAGCAACUUGCGUGCCAUGGUUGAGUCGGACCUCACCAUUUUUGGAGACCAACAGCACCCAGCCAUCAGCCUGCAAUUUCGGCCCGACUCACAACCCAUCAACGUAUUGACGGGCGUUGAUCUCUGGCUUGACAAUCUCAUGUGCAACGUUCCAGAGGUUCUGAUGUGCUACUAUGUGGAAGGCGUGGUGAAGAGCUUUGAAACCUUGCGCUCAUCCGACCUGCCCGAGCGCUUUGAGUUUGACCCAAACACCGUUUGUGACCUCUCCAAUAGCAUUGUACGGUUCUUGCAGGACCAGUGUACACACGAAGGCCACACCUACUGGCUCAUGCGUGAUUCGGGCGAGGAGGUUGUGCGUCUCUUUGAUCUCACCUCCCUGCUUGAAAGCCAGCGACUUCAUUCCAACGAUGAUUACAACGACCUGGCCAACCCCUACGCCCACUCGGUCGCCUUGCUGCUGUACCGCAUUGCCUCGCGUAUGCUGCAGGCGUCAGAACCUGAUUUUGAUGGCGCCACCGUGCGUCGCCUCCUGCUCAAUGCCAGCCGCCUUCUCGAUAGUCAGCGCUUUCCCCACCUGGCCGCAACCAUCCACUUCCUGCUCACGGGCGUUGAUGCAGCUGAACGCGGUGGCAAGACGCCCCCCGGCGGGGCGAGCAAGCACAAGACCAGUCCUCGCAAGAAUACCGAACAACACAGCAAGCCCAGCAAGACCGUCAAAGGUGGACCCAGGAGCACAGACAGCAACGGACUGAGUGGCACCCCGAGUGCUGGACAUGCACAGCACGCACCGACUCACAAGAGCAGCGGCACGGGUAGGAAGCGCACGGGCUUUGACGAACCUGCUGCCGCAUCCCACCAUUCGCAGGGUGGUGAGCCUGAUGAUCGGCCCGCGAGUGGUCGCGAUGGCCCAACACCGUUACCGGCGGAUGUGCACCAACAGCUGGACAUGUCUCUAUCUUAUCUCGCUGAAGGCUUGUCCUUUUUGGCCACUCGCCGCUCGGACAGCAGCUGCGCACAGCUCUUCCCAGCCAUGCUUUCUCGAGCCGCGACGCUGUUUUAUCGACGAGGCGUCCUCUUUCAACAGCGCGCAGCCUUGGGUGAGGCCCUACGAUCGUGUCUCUUUGCGCUGGCCUGUUCGACCACUGUGAAGCACCUGGUGGCCACGGAAGCCACUCGCGCACGCUCAUCUCCGAGCACGGACACCGGCUCGAGUGGGUCCAAGGACGUCAAAUCCGCAGGCGGUGGCCCCAAGGCAACGCUUGACCCAACAUCGUUGCAGGUCGCACUACCCGGACGUGUGGGUCUUGUUCUGUACUGCGAAUCAGACGUGCGCUCCGAUGUCCUGCGUCUCCUCGGUGACGUCCUGGUCCAGGCGGCCUCUGAAGGUUCGGCUUCAAGAUCCGCACUAGCCGCAUGCUUGGGCGAGGUGCCGGCAGAUGAGGCACGCAUACUGUUGUCUUGUGAUCCCGGUGUGGACAACGUGGAUGGUGACGCGGUGGAUAGCUGGGUCGCAACCUGGCGGGCUGCAUGCAGCGCUCCAACGCACGUGGUGCUGCCCCUGCGCAUUGAUCUUGCGCUCGACUGGCCGCUGCCCACGGCACCGGUGGCACUGACGGAAAUGGCCGUGUCCGUGUACAACCAGCUGAUCAACGAGGUGCAGCCAGGUGAUGACCGCUUAUCGGCACAGCGGCGGCAGGCCAACGCCUUGAACGUGGCUGGCAGUGUCUUGAUUAGCGCCAUGUCAGAACAGCUCCAGGCUCAGGAUGAGGGGAGUACGGCAACUGCAGCCAGCGUGGCUCAUGGCACGUGGGAUAGCAUGUGGAAGCAAAGCUACUCCCUGCUGCUGCGCUCGGCGCAGCAGUUUGAGGCAUGUGGUGACGUCAUCAAUCUAGCCCUGGUGCUCUGCAACCUGGCCAAGCUGAAUCGGUUGGCGUACGCUUGGCUCACGCUCGGGGAUGACCACGCUGAGGGGACGCGGACAAAGCAGCGGCAUCAUCACGAUCGGGCCGUGCAAGAGUACGAGCGUGCCCGAGCUGUUUUGGGCACGCGUGCCACUCACCCAGAAAUUUACGACAUGGUCCAGAUGGAGUUGGCCAGCGCCAGCCUGGCCUUUGCAACCUUGCUGCAGGAUGAUGACACGCGGGAUCGCGGGACCCAGUUUGAGACGGACGUGGAUGAUUUACUGCAAAAGGCGCGCAAACUCUUCUAUCAUGAACUGCAGACGCUGCAACAGUCACCACAGGUAGAAGAUGAGCAAUUCUGUGCGCGUCGACUGCGAGCCUUGGCCAAGCUGGCGGACGUGCACAAUCGCUUGGGUCUGUUGCACGGCCGAGCCGUCAGCGAAGGGCGCGACAACGAGCGAAACAACGCGUACCAGCUGAUGGUCAAACACUUGAGCCAAGCGCGCGAAUACUAUCUUCUCUCCACCAUGCCGCUUGGUGUGGCGUUGCAGCUGCACUGGGUGGUAGCUACGGCAGCCGUCCGUGUCCAGCCCUGUGCAUGGCGGGAUGGACUGGGCGCCCUACUCGCGUUGAUUGAGGUGCUGGAGCAAAUGGUCCAGGAUCCGCAGGCUGCCAGCGAGCUGGGCAAUGGGCCCGAGGCGCUUGCGAAUGCCAUGUGCGAUCUGCUGCGCAGCGCCAUCCAGCAGGUGGGGCGCGGCAAGGGAAAGCACUCCGAGGGCCUCAAGGCGGCUUACCGAUGUUCUUUUGAUCCUCCUGUUGGCUCUCUCUCUCUCUCUCUCUCUCUCUCGCUCAGAAGUUUGAGAGUUGCUGACAAGUCCCUCUCUCUGAAGUACAUUGCAGCCAGGCUUGAUAUUUUCAAUUCGGGGCAGCGUUCCAUUCGCUUUGCCAAGGCAAUAUUUGAGGCACUACCAGGCGCUGUCCUUGACAAAACACCGGAUCCAGCCCGACAGGGCCUGGCUGAAUUUGUUCUUCUUUUCGUGAAGACACGUCCCUCCCCGACAGCUUACCGCUUCUUCGCGCUCAUUGCGGACAGCAUGGCCGAGGAACAGAAGAAGCGGCCUUUCCGCCCAGCCACCAUUUCCAGCGGCACACCCCUGCGCCACCGCGACCAGUUGAUUGACAAGGCCACGCGUGAGCGUUUUGAGCAACUCGACCUUGAGACCCUCCUGGCUGAGUUUAAGCGCGUUGCCGCAGAAGAGUCUCAGCGCUCCUUUGAGGAGGCGCCGCCAACGGAGGAUGAUGUGAUUGAGGAGCAAAAGGAAUGGCUCAACUCGACUGGAUUUGAAACACUAGCUCAGCAGUUUCAGGGCGGCAAGGCCAUCACAGAGGAUGAUGUGCAGUUGGCCACGGCUGGCUUCACUGCUAGCCAGCGCCGCGCCGUUGUCAACAGGGCCAAAGCUCUCAACUCAACUUUGACGAAGCGGGGUCAAAAACUCCGGCCGUCAGCUCAAUCCGUCUUUGGAGAAAGCACCGCUGCGCAAGAUGCCUCGGAUACUGAAAUUGGGCGCUUCAUCGAGCGUGCCCAGUCCAGCCCCACUCACUUUGAUGAUUUGAGUGCCGAUGACCAGGCACAGCUCAAACGCUUGACAUUGAUUGAGGCCACGGCUCUCUUUGAAAACAAGGGUGUUCCUUCUUCCCUUUUAAGCAAGCGCAAACGUAAACGCGCCAAAGCUACGGGUCAUGUAUUUGGUGGCACCAUCACGACUAUGGUGGAGCAUGAUGUGCGCAAUCAUCCGGCCGCCAUGGCCUCAAACCGCGUCCCGAUCUUCUUUCAGCGAGCCAUUGCCUUCUUGCAGCAGUUUUGUGAGUACCCAUGCCACGACACAACGACCUGCGUUGGCCGACCACAGGCACAAGCGACACCAGCUGAUCCAAUGUUGUUUCGGCUCACCCCGCGCAUUCUCACGUGUCCCCCCCAUGGCGAUCAAAUCACCGGUGCAGUGGAUGAGGAGGGCCUGUUUCGCAAAGCUGGCUCUGCUGCACGCAUCAAAAAGCUGCGCGAAGCCAUUGAGAAGAGCUGGGGAGACGUCAAUUUGGAAGCUAUGGACUGCCGGCCCCACGAUGUGGCGGCGGCCCUCAAGCAGUUUUUGCGGGAAACCUCGGACCCCUUACUGACCGAUGAACUCAUCGAGUCAUUCUCAGAAACACAAAAGCUCGGUGAUGAUCAGCUGUACGGUCUUCAGCUGCUCGUCAUGCUCCUUCCCAAGGAACAUUCAGAUUGCUUGCAGCAGUUGCUGGGGUUUCUGCACGAAGUUGCACAAAGUGCAGGGGUCAACAAAAUGAACAUUGCCAAUCUUGCCGUGGUGUUUGCACCCACGCUCUUCUUCAUUCGGGGUAGCAAGGGGCAGCAAAUGCUCAAGGAGGUUGAACUUCAAGUCACCACAGCAUCAACUCUCAAGUUGAUGGUUGAACGCUACCAAGAGCUGUGGCAAGUGCCGGCCAAGCUCAUGGCCCAAAUGCGUUACGUCAAUGAAAGCCGGCGGGCCGGCUUGAAAACUUCAAACGCCAAGGAACUGAAGAGGCUGCUAAGUGAUAAAAAGCUGAUGGUGCCAGCCAAACCGGCAUCGGGGCAUGAUGGAACCGUGCUGUGGGUGGCCGACUCCAAGGCUGUUCCCCCUGUGCGCGCCAUCACCACCGUUAUUGCAAACACCGGAGAAGCGUUCCCAAACGUGCAAAUCUGCGACGAUACCACUACGGCCGACCUUUUGAAGGCGACCCACGCUCCCCCUGGCUGCUUUCUCUAUGAGACUGGGGGCAACCUGAAUCGCCGCCGACUACAACCCCAGCAACUUAUUCUGCCAGUACUCAAAGUGAACCCCUCAGCCUCUCUCAUGUCCAUGUCAUGA